CGGUAUAACUCGACGGACUAGUCGCGUCGCGACCGCGCAAUGGUACGGACGUUUUUCCCGUGUCGUGAAGAACCUCUCUGGAUGUCUCGCAUUCGGUGUCGUCCCUUCUCUCGUCGUCGUCAUUCACUGUCACUAGAAUGACAGCGUGACAGCGUCGUGUUUUUUAUUUUUUUUUAAUUUUCUUUUUUUAAAUAAUUUUUUUCACCGAUUUUGUGCAAAAAGAGAAGGAUCAUCCCUGAUGCUCUGUGCGACAUAGUGGCGAUCCGCAGAAAAUUGUCACUCGGGAGGGGUGCAACGACGCGCCCUUGUUUCGCUCCUCUUCAUUCUCCUCGGCUACGUCGCCUCGGAUUACAUCAUGACAAACACGGCUCCAUCGAAAGCAGCGUAAUGCCGAGGGAAUCUUGUCCCGGGUUGCUAUUGACCCUGGUGUCGGUAUUCGUCGGUCUGUGCGAAUCCUCCGCCGCCGGCGGCGCGACAUCCGGCGCCCAGCAGCCGCAGCAGCAGCAACAUCCGCUCUGCAAGCCCGGUCUCGAGUUCUGGUCGACCGAACGUGCCUCCUGCUGGCCGUGCACCCGAUGCGCCCCCGACUUCACCCUGAGUCCCUGCGCGGUGCACAAGGACGCGAUCUGCGGCUCGCUCGAGCUCGACUAUGCAUCCGGAACGUCUAGGUCGGAAACCGGAAGCGAUGAUCCCUUUGUCGCCAAGUUGUGGCGGUUCCUCGAGACGAAAGAACGACUCACCUCGGCGGAGGCCGGGAAUCUCGAUCCAGAUCGAGAGGACGACGAAAGCUCGGGCGAUGAAAAGCCGGUCCACCCCGCUUCGCGAGAAUCCAAGACGGCACACGAUCCUCGGGAGAGGAGAAAACCGGUCACGGAGGCUGAUCAAUUACCGUGGGAUUGGCAGACCGGUGCCUUGGUCCUCGCGGUAUGCGCUUGCAUAGUGUUCUUCCUAGUAGCUGGAUGCUCGGCUCUCGUUUACGCUAGGCAGUGGCGGCGAAUGAAGAAAAAUUUUGAGCCAGCGGGUCUCGAGGAAAUCUCAGCCAGAUUGAAUCUGAUGGUGAAGGCGGAGCUGGCCGAGCUGGUUGCAGGGGCGCCGAUGAACCCAGGUGAUCCCGAAACCAGAUGUCAAUAUCUCGAGAAGCUUUUAGACCGGAAACGGGAGACUCCGGUGGUGGCGACGACGGCGGCGGCUGGAUGGCCGGAGGCGGCUGCCGACAACUUGUACAUUGAAGAGGGGAGCACGAUGACGCCGACGAGGAGUAAGCGAUCGCAGAUCGCGCGGAUUCAGCGCAACAUCGAAACCAUUCUCAGCCACAAGACGAAUCAGGCCACCGAUUGACAAUCAUCUGUUCAGCCGACCUGACACGAGACUCUUUAGACUCGCUUGUGUGCGUGUACGUUGCUCUAGUGCCACGUUGUUCUAUUCUAGCGCGAAUUAUUAGAAUUAUAUAUUCGCAUUGAAUGAGUAAACCGGUGUAAGAGUUGAAAUUGACGACGGCACGCGGAGAUUUCUUGUAAUACUCGAUGGGGUAGAAGACGAAGAAUUAAUAUUUUUUAUAUAUCUAUCGCGCUUUCGCUUUAACAUAAACUCGUAAAAAUACUUUCAAGUGCUUCACAUUGAGGUAAAAACGCGAAAAUUAGAAAAUGUAUUUAAUAUAAUUUAUAUAUAUAUAUAUAUAUAUAUAUAUAUAUAUAUAUAUAUAUUUAUUUGCAGUUUAUUCCAUAGAAAAGAAAUUGUCAAAUAAUUUUGUGAAAUGAGAUUUUGUCGAUUGUCCUCGUAUACUUUUUUUGCGAAGAGUAUGUAAUACGCGAUAAAUCUGAGAGCAAAAGAAGUAGGCUGAAUUGUGCGUGUGUUUUAUAUGAUAUUGUUAAGUGCAACGUAGCGUAAUUUAUUGUUAUAACCAGACAACCGAAUAUUCAUACUUUGAACUGGUUGCACCAACGUUAGUUAACCCAUGGUUAAUUAAAUUUUUCAUCACAUGUAUAUUAGAGAUAGCUGGUAGUUAGAUUCGGAAGUGAGGGAAAAAAGAAAUAAUUAAUUUUAUACUAUUUUUAGAUUUAAAAAAUCUUGACUGGUUUGUUUCUUGUUGUAACAAAUAUCCAAUUUAUUAAAUCAUAUUUUUUUAUUUAA